AUGAAAACAACAAAGCGUUUUGAAGCUAUAUCCGACGAGCAAUUAAAACAAAGACAGCAUAAUCUUGAAAACAAAAAUACAACAGACAAUGAAAAGAAAGCAGAACGUUUAUUCAAGCAAUAUCUUGCAGAAAUUGGCGAAGAUUUAAAUUUUUGCGAGUUCAGCGAGGAAAAACUCGAUAAACAUCUUGCCAUGUUUUGGUUCGCUGCCAGAACAAAGAAUGGGCAAAAAUAUAAAAUUAGAUCUCUUGAAACUACCAGAUACAGUUUGAACAGAGUUCUGAAACGUUAUGGCCACAAAUUCGAUAUAUCAAAGAAGGAAUGCACGGCAUUUACUGCAAGCAUCAAAGCAAAGCCUAUGAAGAUGCAACGACUGAACUGA